CUAAUAGGGAGUACUACUACUUUUAAUAUGACCAAAACACCCCUGCCUUCUCUCCGUUCACGCUUUCUGCCACCUUCCUCCCCUGCAUGGCGCGCUUCUAUGCCUGUAGAGUCUCUCAUUCUCCAUCCCCUCUCUUUCUCUCUCUCACCAUGUUUCACCAGACAGAAACCUUACCAAUGCCAUUGAUGACCUCUACCUUCUAUUUAAACUCCCCUUUCCUCCAUUCCAUUCCAUUGAGAGUUCAAAUCUAGUGUUUCACAAUGGAAGGGGAAUCAUCAUCAUCAUCAUCAUCGUGGAGGUCAAGAUCGAUGGUGUCGGUGAAACAAGUGUUCCCUAGUGGUUCAGAGUCUGAGCUUCUUAGGAUUGAAAAUGUGGCUCUGUGGUUGAUGAACUACGAAGAUUUUCCGGUCGCCGACGUGAUUCGGGCAGGAAAAUUUUCGUUGAGGGUGGUGGUGCAGUCCAUUAGCCCUAUUCUGAUUUCGCUCUGCGUGGUGGGUGAUCUUCAAUGGCCCAUUACAAAGGAUGCCCCUGUGCUGCGCGUCGGCUGCCGUAGCUUUGCAUUCGCAAUGCCGGGACUCCUCUAUGGAGUUCAGUUUCCUGAGAGCUGCUGCUUGGAACAGUUGCAGGUCCUUGCUAGUCUCUUCGAGAAGUUCGCUCACUUUGAGGAUCACUCCAUGAUAGCUACUGAUUUGAUGACAGGAAUUGAGUUCUCUGUGCCCGACUUUCAUCCCCGAUUCUGGGCAGUAUCCCAGCCGAAGAUCCAACGGAUCACGGUGCCCCAGCUCAAUAGGAUUGGAACCAUGGUAGGAAAAGCAUCAACUUUCCUGGAAGGCAUGAACGAGGGACUAAUGAAGGUUACCCGAAUGUCAGGGGUAGCCAAGCUGAUCACCAAAGGCGUUCUAGUGGGAGCCCUGAACCAAGAUCAUAUCGAUAUUUUCGACACAAGGCCCCGACCCGAUGAAAGUAAGGAUCCGAAUUCUUCCCGAGCUUUCCCGACCAUUUUUAUGUUCUCCGACGUCGUCGAAGCCGUGGAAGUUACCGGGAUUUUCUUCUCCGGCAAUAUUCUAUCAAUGCCAGAGUGUCAUCCGACGUGGAAUCCAGUACAAGGUGUGAAGCUAUGGAACAUAAACAAGAAGGGGUUAAUGUUGGUUCUUCACGCACUAACUUCGUCGGCGGCGAUCUACAACGGAGAUGUGGAGGACAUGGCGGCGGGGAAGAGUUCCGGGGAGAAUAUGGUGAAUUUGGAUGCAAUGGAAGAAGAUGGUAUGGGAGAAGAAGCAGUGAUAGAAGAAGGGGGAAAGGAUGACAUGGAAGAUGAAGACCAGGCCAGAAUGCUUAAUGUGAUCAAAUUUCCAAUAAUGAAGGGGACUGAUUAGACAGUGCAUGGUGGGCCGAAGCCCAGUGAGAAAUCCCAAGAUGGGCCUGUUAACAUGGAAGUUGUUUGAAACUGAAAGAGGGAUAUAUGGCUGCGGUGUUAAAAACUGUCUUUGAUUUAUGUUGGUGUGUCGAUGUUGUAUGGCAGAAUAAAUCUAACAGUUAAUAAAGUUCAAUAAUUGUUUCCUUUCUUAA